CGCAGCAAACCGGCACCAUGCUGAUUCCCAAGGCGAACCGCAAGGCGAUCUACACCCGCCUCUUCCAGGAGGGUGUCCUCAUCGCUGAGAAGGAUUUCAACGCUCCCGCUCACUCUGAGCUGGCCGAGAUCCCCAACCUCCAGGUCAUCAAGGCCUGCCAGUCGCUCAACUCUCGCGGCUAUGUCAAGGAGCAGUUCGCGUGGCGCCACUACUACUGGUACCUGACCGAUGAGGGUCUCGAGUACCUCCGCACUUACCUCCACCUUCCCGCGGAGGUUGUGCCCAACACCCACAAGCAGCCUGCUCGCCCCACCGCUCGCCCCGGUCGCGCGGCUGCUCGCCCUGCUGCCUCGGGUUUCCGUGGUGCCGCGGAUUCCUACCGCCGUGACGAGGGCAAGGUUGGUGGUGCCGGUCCUGGCUUCCAGCCCCAGUUCAAAGGCUCGUACGGUCGUGGUGCCUCCAUGUAAAAAUUGAUGGCUGCCAUCUAGUUGACCGUUUGGAGAGUGUUGUGCCCCGGCUCAUCGCAUACGACUGACUCCAAAUCAAAAACAAAAACCCCCAAAUUCAGCGCGUGGUCGCUUUGUCGACAUGCCCAGUUCUAUGAA